AUGUUCGACCAUUUAAAGAUGAAGCUCGGAGCGCAAUCAGUGAUAACAGCGGAAUCGGCUGCUGACGUUGGUGCUAAGCCGUCUAUCAAGUCUAUCUAUCAAUCCAGACAGAAUUUUGGAGUCAACUUCGGUUCUCUUUUCGUUUUAGAGAAGUAUAUUUUUGGAGAGCUGUUUAUUGACGAUACUUCGGUGGAAUUGGAUGCUAUCAGUAGGUGCGUCAAAAAAAAUGGACUAGACCGGACCAGAAAAGAGAUGGAAGAUCAUUGGAACAACUAUUGCAACGAUGACGACUGGAAAUGGCUCCAAUCAAAAGGUGUCCAGUCAAUUAGGAUACCUGUUGGUUAUUGGGGAGUUGGUGGAGGUCGCUUCACCCAGGGAACUUCCUUUGAAUCCAUCUCUGCUGUGUAUCAAAAUGCCUGGAGUAUCUUGAUACGGAAGUAUAUUAAGAAGGCUGCUGACUAUCACAUCAGUAUUCUAGUUGACUUGCAUGCUCUUGAGAAAGGUGCCAACACUGGUGAUCAUAGUGGCCAGAAGUUUAACCAGCCAGGAUUUUGGAACAGUACUAAGUCUAUUUCCCAUACCUGUGGGAUUUUGUCAUUCAUGGCGAGCGAGCUUGGUCAAUUUGAUAACAUCAGCGGGUUGCAGAUUGUUAAUGAAGCUUCGUUUGAUAGCGAGGGUAAAUACCAGAAAAGAUACUAUGCCCAUGCAAUUAAUGAGAUCCGAAAGGUCAAUUCGAAGAUUCCCAUAGUGAUAAGUGAUGGCUGGUGGGCUCAGGACUACGCUAAAUGGGUCAACGAUAAUGGAGGAGGUGCUCUUGGUGUCGUCAUUGAUGAUCAUGUCUACAGGUGCUUUUCAGAUGAUGAUCGUUCCAAGUCAGCCGAACAAUUGAUUCAAGAACUAGAUAGGACAGUAUUCUCCGAUAACGUAUGUGAGGAGGCAGAUUUUAUUGUGGGUGAAUACUCUUGUGUUUUAGACGGUCAGACAUGGUCAAAGACUCAGGGGAGCAGAGAUGCGAAAGUCAAGGAAUAUGGUAAUAAGCAGGUGCAGCUUUUCCGUCAGCGAGCUCGUGCUGGAUACUACUUUUGGUGCUACAAGUUUCAGUCGGGCGAUGGAGGAGAAUGGGGGUUCCGACCAAUGGUUGACCGAGGUAGUAUUCCGGUUCGUAAUUCCUCUGGAAACAUACCCAGCGAGGACGAUUACAAUAAGAUGUUAAACGAAUUAUACCAACAACAUGAACAGUAUUGGAACCGACAGAAUCCGAACGAACACUAUGAGCAUUGGAGAUACAAAGAAGGUUUCACUACAGGUUGGGCCGAUUCCAUGGAAUUCGCCAAGUUUGACAAUUCACGAAUCGGAAGAGUCGUGGCAUGGAAGGAUGCCAGACGGAAAGAACAUACUUUGGCCCGGGGUGAAAGUAGGUUCAUUUGGGAAUGGGACCAGGGAUUUCAAAAGGCCCUAGACAUUUUUGCAGGAUGGGAAUAA